AUGUCAACACAAGAUUUUACUAAACUAUUUUAUCACGGAUAUGAAGGUGAAGACAUCGAAGACUUCUUAUUUGAUUUUGAAAUGUAUGCAGAAUCGAAACAAUGGGAUAAUGAUCGGAAAAAGAAAGUGGUCGGGCUACAUGUUUCGGAAGGUGCAAGACAGUGGAUCCGAGAGUUAAUGAAAGCGACCACAACAUGGAAAGACCUAAAGAAUUUAAUUGUAAAGGCUGCAAAGACAAAAUAUCAAGUGGAAGAGAAGGUCACGAAGCUUAUGAGAAUGAAACAAGAGGAGAACGAAUCCAUAACUAGAUAUGCAAACAGAUUCGAGUCAUAUGCUAAUGCAAUAAAAGAGGAUGUAAGAACAAGGGAAAAGCGAAAAUGGUUUAUUAAAGGGUUGAAAAGAGAAUACCGAGUCAAGGUUGAAAUGAACUAUCCAACGGAUUUUAACGAAGCAAAAGUAUUAGCAUUAAAGAUUGAAAUGUACGAAAAAGAUGAUGAUUACGACAAUCAAAAAGCGAUGAAAACAUUACUAGAAGGAUCGCAAAUGAACACAAAAUUAGAUAUUGACGAUUUAACGAGUAAGAUAGAAGCUAUGAAGAUAUGUAGAAUGGAAGAGGCACCGAAAAACGAAAUUCAGGAAAUACAGGACACGGUGAAGAAAUUAUCGAAAGUAAUCAAGGAUUUCACAACUAAGAAUACAUCACAAUAUCGAAACGAAAGAAACAUAGAGCCACGCCAUUGUUAUGAAUGUCGACGCGAAGGACAUAUGGCUCGUGAUUGCUCGAAUAAGUUACAGAGAGAAAGGCCCACACAUCAAAACAAUAAUCGAAUGAAUACAGAUGUGCGCCCAAACAGCAAUUAA